AUGGCGCACCGAAUGGAUAGCGUGCCUGCAGAAGAUGCGCGUCGUAUAGAUGCCGCCGCCACGCGUGUGGUCCCAGGGGGAGGAGGCUGGCUGAACCGCAGGAACGAACUACUGGCGGCAAGCGACGAGGACUCUGUGGGAUGCAACGGCGGUGGCGGGAGAAGACUACCAGGUGUGGCUCCGGGCAGUGGCAAGAAGCGGGACGAUGGAGUCACACAGAAGUGCCUUGAUGAGGGCAUUCACCCGAAGUGGUUCAGAGGACUACUGGGCCACUUGGAGAUUGCAGCUACUUUGUUGUUUUGCAGAUGGCUGGAUAGCCAUGAUGAACUCUAUAUAGACUUCGUCGACGCCUGCAUUGACAACCGCGAAGUCUCCACCGCAGCAGGAGCCGGGCUGCACUCUCCAGCCUGGGAUAGCGCAAAUGCAACCAGCGCCGCGAGCGAAGCCGCUGAGGUGGCCGCAGAUCGCAGCGACUGGGAUGGGGAGACCCUGGACCUAGAACCUGAGUGGCUCGGCAAGUGCCGUGACUGUGGCCAGAAGACCUAUGUGGCUGCACAGUCCGCACUGAGGCAGCAUGGUGUGGCAGGUUGGACGGCUUCUGCAGCUCUAGAGGUCCAAGGCUGCAAAGACUGCAAAGAAGCCAUGCCGGAAAAGUCGCGAAAAGCUGCAGCCUGCAGUGCAGACGGCUCAUGGGUAGAUGUGGAGCCUGCUCCGAAGCAGCAAAAACUUGGAGGACCGAGAGUGAAGUGGGUUGGUGACCUCGCCUUUGUCCAAAAGCCAGAUGACAAAAAAGUGUAUUGCGGCUAUACCCAGAUGGCCGUGGACAUGACUGAGAAGGUGCACUGCUUCACCGGCUGCAAGGGGGAAUGCGAGAACAAAUGGGAAUGCCCUUGCCCUUGCCAUGCUUUGCAACGUGCGUAUGAUGCGUCCUUGGCCGAAGCUGCCAGGGCACAGAUGGCAAAGCAGCAGUCUGAGGAUGUAAAGUAA